CGCGAGCCAUAUAUUUUUUACGCUUCGUUCUUACCAAUAGAUCACUCUUCUUCAUGAGAUAGGCUCCUUCGGAGUCAGUUACGGCUUGAAGGCCAUGGUGAAUCUUUGUUUGGGCAUGCUCAAGGUCAUGAAGGGAAAAGGAUCGUUUGGUCAGAUCUUCAAGGAUUCUUUCUUUGGCGCGGAUGCACUGCGCUUUGGAUCGUUCUUUGGUGCAUUUUCAUUCCUAUGGAAAUUUGUCAACAAUGGACUGAGACUCUACCGAGGCAAGGACGAUCGUAUCAACGGCGCCGUUGCAGGUGCAAUUGCCGGUCUUGCUAUCUUGAUUGAGAGCCAUGAACGCAGGGUUACCUUUGCUCAACAGAUGCUUAUUCGCGCGGGACAAGGAGUUUAUAAUGCUGGAAAACAUCGCGGGGUGUUCCGGUUCCGUCAUGGUGAUGCUGUCCUCUUUGCGCUCGCCUGCGGCCAGGUCAUGUACGCCUACACUAUGCAACCAGAGUCAAUUCCACCAGAGUACCUCAAAUUCAUGGUCAACACUGCUAGGGUUCCAACUGAAGCCUUGGCGCUUAACCGAGCACGUGUGCGCGGAUUCCCUGUAGAUGUCAGUCAAAUCAUGGCGCUGGUGAAACGACAUCGACCAACGCCUAAGGCUCUGGAGACGACUGCAAAAUUGACAGAGUACACGGAUGUCAUCCCCUGCGCAGUGUUGCACUCUUCGUACGAUUCUUGCACAGUUAACAAUGCAGAGCGCUUUGUACAGGUCACAAAAAAUAUUCUCCCAGUCUAUGCGACACUCAACUUUGUGCCGCUCUUGGUCCUCAGGAUGAAGAGACUCAUGGCCGAUCCAAUGAAUGUGAUCUCGAGGACGUCCUUUAAUACGCUGCGAUCGUCUGUGUUUUUGGCUGUCUUCGUGGUCGUAUACCAGUCCCAGAUCUGCGCACACCGUAACUUGAUGAAGCGCGGAUGGAUGAAUAGCAACAACAAGUACAUGUACUGGCUCUUUGGCGUGACCUGCUCUGGAAGCGCCAUUAUGGUUGAGCAAGAGAGUCGCCGUGCGGAAUUGGCGAUGUAUGUGCUUCCCAAGGCAGCGGAGAGUCUUUACAAGAUUCUGUACCAGAAGAACUGGGUCAAGGGCGUCAAGCAUUGGGAGGUCAUGAUGUUCUCCUUUGCCAUGUCUUUGAUCAUGUCCUUCUACCAACAAGAGGAACAGGUCCUUUCGCCGUUCGUUACCAAGCUGAUGUACCACAUCCUCGGCAGGAACUAAACUCAAGGAGGAUUCCAGCUCCUUCUUAUUCUGGCCCUAUUUUACAAUAACCACAACUCUCACACAAAUCAGAUACCAGCGAGCAGACAGGAUUUAGACCAGAACUAAAAGUAAAAAUAAAUAGCCAUUACCAUGAGAUUAACGC